UUUCCCUUGCCGCUCUCCAAUUCGCUUCGAACAGGGCAGAGGUGAGACUUGAGAGAAGGAAGAAGGCCAUGUCGUCGGCGGCGCAGCAGCAGCAGAAGGCGGCGGCAGCGGAGCAGGAGGAGGUGGAGCACGGGCCAUUCCCCAUCGAGCAGCUCCAGGCUUCUGGAAUAGCUGCAUUGGAUGUGAAGAAGCUGAAAGAUUCUGGUCUCCACACUGUGGAGGCUGUGGCUUACACUCCAAGGAAAGAUCUUCUGCAGAUCAAAGGGAUAAGUGAAGCUAAAGCUGACAAGAUAAUUGAAGCAGCAUCCAAGAUAGUUCCACUGGGAUUUACAAGUGCCAGUCAACUUCAUGCGCAGCGACUGGAGAUAAUUCAAGUUACAACUGGAUCAAGAGAGCUUGAUAAGAUAUUGGAGGGUGGGAUAGAAACAGGAUCUAUCACUGAGAUAUAUGGUGAGUUCCGCUCUGGAAAGACUCAGUUGUGUCACACCCUUUGUGUUACAUGUCAGCUUCCACUGGACCAGGGUGGUGGUGAAGGAAAGGCUCUAUAUAUUGACGCAGAGGGUACAUUCAGACCACAAAGGCUCUUGCAGAUUGCUGACAGGUUUGGACUGAAUGGUGCUGAUGUGUUAGAGAAUGUGGCUUAUGCCAGAGCUUAUAAUACGGAUCAUCAAUCUAGACUUCUGCUGGAAGCAGCUUCCAUGAUGAUAGAGACCAGGUUUGCUCUUAUGGUUGUAGACAGUGCCACAGCUCUGUACAGAACUGAUUUCUCAGGAAGAGGGGAACUAUCAGCGAGGCAAAUGCACAUGGCUAAGUUCCUGAGGAGCCUUCAGAAGUUAGCUGAUGAGUUUGGAGUAGCUGUGGUUAUCACCAAUCAAGUAGUGGCCCAAGUGGAUGGAUCUGCUAUGUUUGCUGGACCGCAGUUCAAGCCCAUUGGUGGAAACAUCAUGGCUCAUGCUUCAACCACAAGGCUUGCUCUUCGCAAGGGGCGAGGGGAGGAACGGAUCUGUAAAGUAAUAAGCUCUCCCUGCCUUGCUGAAGCCGAAGCAAGGUUUCAGUUAGCUUCUGAAGGUAUUGCAGAUGUCAAGGAUUGAGACCAUACCUGCUUUACAGGCAUCUUCAGAUCCAUUGGUCUGCUAUUUGCUUUGUCAUUCCUUGGGCCAACUUUCGUGUUGCCUCACCUUGAUGUACAAAACGGUUUCGUUCACAUAUGUGAAUGCACGCCUGUGACUGAUUUAGGCGUCCUGUUGUAAAUAAAACGAUGCCUGUUGCCCUGUUGUGUGUUGCAUGUAAUCGACAACUCUACAUAUCACAAUUAUGAUGUAUUUUAGGU